AUGUCGCCGGCCGGGAAAGGACUUAAAGGAGAGAGCUCGAGGGGGUUGCAAGGUGUGCAUUGCUAUCCUGCACCGCUUUCGACUCAUGAUGAAGUUGUUAAGGAUGCUGUUGUUUUCUGGGACACUCUCAGGCGCUUCCACUUCAUGAUGAACACCAGGUUUAUGGUUCCUGUGAUCGGAGGAAAGGAGCUAGAUUUGCACUUGUUGUAUGUGGAGGUAACAAGGAGGGGUGGAUAUGAGAAGGUUGUUGAAGAGAAGAAAUGGAGGGAAGUGGGUUCUAUUUUCAUGUUCUCCCCAACAACAACGAGUGCUUCUUAUGUGUUGAGGAAGCACUACAGAAGUCUUCUGUUCAGUUAUGAACAAGUUCACUUCUUUAAGAAGCAGGGUCCUAUAUGUUCCCCUGCAGCUCUGUCUCCAGUUGCCUUUUCCAUAAGUAACCGUAACUACUCAGACAAGCCUGAACUGGCUCUGGUGAAAUUUUCCUCCCAAAUGCCGAAACCGGCCAAACCCGUCCGGGAUUGUCCGGUUCCGGGUUCUGAAGGAACUGGAACAAUUACUGGGAAGUUUGAUUGUGGCUAUUUGGUAACUGUGAGGUUGGGUUCAGAGGUACUGAAGGGAGUGUUAUACCAUCCUGAGGAGCCGGUUCAGUCCGAUGCAAGCCCUGAACCCAUCAAUGUUAGAGUACCAGAAACCAAACCAUCAGGCCGUCGUUCUCGCUUGAGAAGGAGGAGUAGAAGAAGGGAAGACCCCAACCAUCCGAAACCUAAUCGGAGUGGCUAUAAUUUUUUCUUUGCUGAGAAACAUUGCAAGUUCAAGUCCCUCUACCCAAACAGAGAAAGAGAGUUUACAAAGAUGAUAGGGGAGUCUUGGACCAAUCUCACUGCAGAAGAGAGGAUGGUUUACCAGAAUAUUGGGGUGAAAGACAAGGAGAGAUACAAGAGAGAACUGGAAGAGUACAAGGAAACGAAGAAGCUCAGGCAGACAAUGGAAGUUAACAGAGACACAGAGUUCAUUAGUAAAGCAAAAGAACAGAGCCAGUAG